UUCUGUGCUUUUCUGAAAUAAUUUUGCUUUUUGAAAUUUUUUUGGUCACUGGAUAUUAAUUGAGCCGAAACUUUAGACAGUGAGAUCUGACUGUACUGGUGGAAUGACUGAGAACUCAGAGGGAUAAACAUGAAGGUGCUCGAUGGCCACUUACCAUCCUUCCUCACGCUACCCUUAAAGAAGGGUGAAAACACUUCUGGAGAUAAAAUGCCACAGUUUGGCUGAAACAAACUUGGGAAUCGACACUUUUUACAGGAGCACUUGCAUUUGAGGAAACUACUAGACUGUAGCACUUCUGCUGCCACCGAGGGUGCACAGGACACCACUGUGGUCUACAGCCUGGUCUGUUGUACAUGAACGGAGCCCGAACCUGAGGCACGGACGGUGUGGCUGUGCCCCACUGAGGCAUGAGUGUGGGAAGGGCCGACCACCGAUACAGCUUUGUGUCCCGUGAAGAAGAAGGCCUGAGACUCAGUAAAAUGCCUGCUGUUGGUAGUUUCGGCAAUGGCAAGAUUCAUACAAGACGCAAAUACCGCAGCCGGUUUGUCAACAAGACCGGGCAGUGCAACGUCCAGUUCACAAACAUGGACAAGAAAUCACAGAGGUACAUAUCAGACAUUUUCACAACUUGUGUGGACAUCCGCUGGCGAUACAUGUUCCUGCUGUUCAGCCUGGCCUUCGUGGCAUCGUGGCUAAUGUUUGGCUUUAUCUUCUGGGUUAUCGGCCAACUACAUGGUGACAUGGACAACCCUGGUGGGGACGAGAGCUUUGUUCCUUGUGUCACGCAGGUCAACACCUUCGUCGCAGCUUUCUUGUUCUCCAUCGAGACUCAAACGACUAUUGGGUACGGUGCUCGUUGCGUGACAGAAGAAUGCCCCGCUGCUGUUUUCAUGGUGGUCUUUCAGUCCAUUGUGGGGUGCAUCAUUGAUGCCUUCAUGAUUGGUGCCAUCAUGGCAAAAAUGGCGAGGCCCAAGAAGCGUGCAGAGACUCUGCUGUUCAGCCACAAUGCAGUCAUUGCCAUGCAUGAUGGGAAGCUCUGCCUUAUGUUUAGAGUUGCUAAUCUCAGGAAGAGCCACAUCGUGGAGGCUCAUGUCCGAGCGCAGCUCGUCAAGCCCCGCUACACUGAAGAGGGCGAGUACAUCCCCCUGGAUCAGAUCGACAUGAAUGUUGGCUACGACAAAGGCACAGACCGCCUCUUUCUGGUUGCGCCUCUCACUAUCAUCCAUGAGAUCAAUGAGGAGAGUCCCCUGUUUGGCAUCAGUAAACAGGAUCUGGAAACAUCUGACUUUGAGAUUGUUAUCAUCCUGGAAGGUCUGGUGGAAGCCACAGCUAUGACCACGCAGGCACGCAGUUCUUACCUGUCCUCCGAGAUCCUGUGGGGUCAUCGCUUUGAGCCUCUCAUCUUUGAGGAGAAGAACCAGUACAGGAUAGAUUACACGUACUUUCACAAAACAUUCGAAGUACCAUCUACCCCAAGAUGCAGCGCCAAGGACAUGGAAGACAUCAAAUUCCAGACAUCAGGUGCAAACUCUUUCUGCUAUGAGAACGAGUUGGCCUUCAUCAGCAGGGAUGAGGAAGAGAACCGAAAUGUGGAAAAAGCGCCGGACCGUGAAGGGUUAUCACAGCUGAUGAAUGAGGCGCCCAGUACCAGACAGGAUCAGACAUCAUCUCGAAGGGAAUCUGAGAUUUGACCUGUGCCUCCUCAAACGUCUUUGUUUUGCGUUUGUGAUUUUGUGUGGUGAGAACCUGGAGCCCAAUGGCCGUCAUUCUGCUGACAUGAGGACGCCGCCAACGGCUGUGUUGCCUCCGGCGGCGUGGGAAUCAGCAGUCGAGGGUGAAGUGCGACACAUUUCUCAGUCUCUUAUGUGGAAAUAAACUCACAUUUCAAUUUAAGAUGACUGUAGUUGCUUUAAAAGAAAAAAAUGCAUGAAAAUAGUUUAGUUUUAUAUGACUAUUUAGGGAAAUGUUUCAUAAUAUUGGUGGAACUGCAGCUGAUGCUGAUCAUAGCUUUCAAAUAUACCGUUUAGACAUGAAUCCGAUGUAAAAUGAAUAAUAACAACAAAGUAAAAAUGGAACUUUGCAGAAGUUUAGAAACACAAGUCUUCGGAAUAUUGUUUCAUACCCAUCUGGCAAAAUACAGAUGAGUCUCUCUCUCUCUCUAGUUUAUACUUAUGUGAACAAUAAAACUCAAAAAUAAGUCAUGCAAGGCCAUGUUCACAUUACUAGUUGAAGUGACUUGAAUUAAAGUUUUUUCAUCCAAAAUCAGGACGGUUUGGAUUAGUCUCUG